CGGCCUCCGUCCCCUCCUCUGCCCUCCCUCCUCCCCCUCCUCCUCUUCCUCGGUGAGGCGCUCCUCCAGCAGCCAGGCAGCAUGGCGGCCGUGGAGACGCGGGUGUGCGAGACGGACGGCUGCAGCAGCGAGGCCAAGCUCCAGUGUCCUACCUGCAUCAAGCUGGGCAUCCAGGGCUCGUACUUCUGCUCCCAGGAAUGUUUUAAAGGAAGUUGGGCAACUCACAAGUUACUACAUAAGAAAGCAAAAGAUGAAAAGGCCAAGCGAGAAGUGUCUUCCUGGACUGUAGAAGGUGAUAUUAACACUGAUCCAUGGGCAGGCUAUCGAUACACUGGUAAACUCAGACCACAUUAUCCACUGAUGCCAACAAGGCCAGUGCCAAGUUAUAUUCAAAGACCAGAUUAUGCUGAUCACCCUUUAGGAAUGUCUGAAUCUGAACAGGCUCUUAAAGGUACUUCUCAAAUUAAAUUGCUCUCAUCUGAAGAUAUAGAAGGGAUGCGACUUGUAUGUAGGCUUGCUAGAGAAGUCUUGGACAUUGCUGCUGGCAUGAUUAAACCUGGUGUAACUACUGAAGAAAUAGAUCAUGCUGUACACUUAGCAUGUAUUGCAAGAAAUUGUUAUCCUUCUCCCCUGAAUUAUUAUAAUUUUCCAAAGUCUUGUUGUACUUCAGUGAAUGAAGUUAUCUGCCAUGGGAUUCCAGACAGACGGCCCUUGCAAGAAGGUGAUAUUGUUAAUGUGGACAUCACUCUUUAUCGCAAUGGUUAUCAUGGGGACUUGAAUGAGACGUUUUUUGUUGGAGACGUGGAUGAGGGAGCACGGAAACUGGUGCAGACCACGUAUGAGUGCCUGAUGCAAGCCAUCGAUGCAGUGAAACCUGGUGUUCGAUACAGAGAAUUGGGAAACAUUAUUCAGAAGCAUGCCCAAGCAAAUGGGUUUUCAGUUGUUCGAAGCUAUUGUGGGCAUGGAAUCCACAAACUUUUUCAUACAGCCCCCAAUGUACCCCAUUAUGCCAAAAAUAAAGCAGUUGGAGUGAUGAAGGCGGGCCAUGUAUUCACAAUUGAGCCAAUGAUUUGUGAAGGUGGAUGGCAGGAUGAAACCUGGCCAGAUGGUUGGACUGCAGUGACAAGAGAUGGAAAGCGGUCUGCUCAGUUCGAGCACACCCUGCUGGUCACGGACACUGGCUGUGAAAUCCUGACCCGGCGACUCGAUAGCACGCGGCCUCACUUCAUGUCCCAAUUUUAAUUUCUCCCAAGAUGGCACAUCUCAAUAAUACCUUCUGGCUGUACUAUGCAUUUUAUUAAGAGUACAGAAUGGAAGAGGAAAUUUUUAUUACUUGUUUUGUUUUGACUAUAGAUAAGGAAGGACUACAGCAUUGGAUGUGUGUCCUCCAGAAUUUGUCUUGGGUCUGAAAAAGCUAAGAAGAAGAAAGGAAAUAUUCUCAACUCUUCAGUGCUCCCCUCUUCCUCCAGAAAUCUCUGCACCCCUGUUUUCUCACUUGGCCUUUGAGCACUUUUUACUUAAACCUGCUUCUAGUUGCUUUUAUCACUGCCACAACUGGGCCAGCAAGAGCCAGCUGCUCUCCAGGUGAAUGUUGAAGAGGAGAAUCCUUGAAAGAUUAGCAACAUAUGUUGUUCCAGAUUUUUUUUUAUUAUAUAUGUAUACAUUUUAAACUCCAUGUAUGUAAUUACCAGACACUAUAUGACCUGGGCUUGUGUUGAUUCUGCUCUGACAGGGUUCUAUGCUGUCAUAAGUCGACCCCUAGUUUGCAGUGAUUUAUUUCCCCAUUGGGAAUCGGCCUCCCUCCUUCCCCAUGCUAAUGAUUUACCCUUGUAAUUGUGUUUAAGGAAGCACUCGGUCAGUGAGACCUCCUCUCCCAUGUGGACUCUGUCAGUGAAUGGAUGUGGCAAAAUUUGCUUUGGAAAAGGAUUAUCAGGUUUUUAAAAAUCUUGUUUGUGGUAAAAAUAGCCAUGCUCCAGAUAGCUGGCUCUUGCAGAGCAUGAGAAUUUUGUAAUACAUUGCUAUUUUAGACCUCUGUUUGGUCGAAAUGGAGGGGAAAAGCUCCCUUUCUUCCCCUUUAUUUUAUUUCAAGGGCACACCUUGAAGACCCUCAAAGAAGGGCAAACAUUGCACUGCAGAGGUUGAUGGGAAGACACAGUUCUGAAAUCUCUUUAGCAGUGGGCAGAGUUAAGUGGGCUGUUCAUUUCUCACAUUUAGUAAACCUGGUAGUGAUGAUAAAGGAACAUUUUUCAAGACUGGACCUGUUCCCUUGCAGUAGAGAUGCACCUGUCCUUGGCGUGUUGAAAACACACUUUACCUUUACAUAGUUGUGAACCUCAUUAGAAACAGCCUCAGCUGCCCACUGUCUGUGUUCCUUUCAAUAGUUCAGUCCAAAUGGGAGUGGAUCCAGCGAACACAUAUCAGAUCAAAGUUAUUGUCAUUGGAGUAUACUUGAUUGCUGGGUAUCUGGUAACUUUCUUGUAAGAUAAUUUGAUACCACUGACAUGUUAUAUGAGAACAUCUUUCCCAGAGUGCCUCAGACCUUUAUUGCUUUAAGAGAAUUAUGAUGAUGUUUUCAUUACUUUAUUAUUUUAAUGAUUUAGUGAAGUGACUGAAUCUGGUAUAGACUUUUUUGGGGUAUGUGUGUGAAGUUUUUUAUCAAACUGUAAUAUUUGUGAAUGGAAUGCCUUGCAAUAUGAAUGUUAAUAUAAUGUGUAAAGGGAGAUUAAAAGUUUGAAUGAUUAUCCCACCGUGUAGUCAUUAACUUUGCUGCAUUUAUGGGGGAUUUCAGAGGACAGUGGUGGGAAUAGGGUGGCUGAUUUCAUAAUCUGAAAUAAACUCAUGAUCGUUUGAGUAAAAA